AUGGAAGUUUUCGUAGACGGGUCAACAACUGUCCUCGCAGGCAAAGUACUUGUGCUUGAUAUUGAUGUUAAUGAUCAUGUCGCUGUCAAGACGUCCUUCGCCAAUAAUACAAAUAGUACCGGGAACUCGUCAGCAGCACCAGAACUAGAUGCCUUUCUCGCGCGGGAAGUGACACGCUGGAUCAAUGCAGCAAGACGCGCUGCUGGUAUAGAUAUGGCGUUCAGACACUCAAAAGAGGAUCCCGCAAUUGAAGCUGGACGCCGUAGUCGUGCAAUACAAGAGCACUUGCGGUAUCUCAUGAUGCUCGAUGGGCUUGCGGCCACUGAAAAUGAGAAAGGACUUCAUUGGUUCAUGGAACCAACUGCAAUCUCAGAUCACAUUAGAAAGCAGGUCGCUUCACCACAGACUCAAACUCUCGACAAACUCCUCACACAACACGCACUUCCCCUACCCUUCCUCGUUACUCCUUCACUGUCAUUCCUAGUCUGGCUUUCACCCCGUGCAUAUCUUCAGCUCCUUCGCAGCUCUCCGUCAUCCAAACAAGCGUUCAUGUGGAACGUUGACAUUCCUAUAACCCAUCUCAAGACAGCGCUACUUGAUACUCUAGAAGAUGUCGCCAUCGCUACACUGAGGUUGGUCCCUUGCGCUGAAGUAGCAACGUCCAACAUCAACUCAAGUGAUGUCCCCGGCGACCAUACGCUCCUGAGUUCCCCCUCGCACAUGUGGGUACUCGACUUCACCGCUAAGCUACCCCAGAAUGGCGUGGUAAUGUCCCAGAACCGUAUGCGUGUCGUUCAAGGGAUCGUCGAGUCUCGUACUGUCGACCUGAAUUCAAUGGGGAGCAUGUCCAGCAUCGGGUCAAUGUCGAGUCUGGGUAACAUGAGCAAUAUGAAUUUUGGAGAUUUUGCUGGGACAAGUUGGCUCGACUUACUGGUCAAUAAAAAUUCAUCGGCGGAAUACUAUACUUCAACUUAUAAAUCACCGAGCGGCAUCCACCCACCGUUACAUCUUCGCCUUCUAGCACCUCUAGAACCAGGUUUUCUCCUCCAGAGAGUUCCGGUGAGGAGCGUAAAACAAAUCUCGCGAAUCACAUUCUUCCAGGUUGUCAGAGAACAAUGCUGGCUUAACGAAUCACUGAGCAUACUUCAGUGGUCGCCUGAAAAUCCCCAAGUGCUGCAACCACCCCAACAGCCAUCGAAUGUGGCAUCAAGUGCUCUGCUCGCCUCGGUCCUCGCAGGAACAGUCACGCCGCAGUCUAUCCCAGUGAAUGUUUAUCUCCCGUCCAGUUCUCUAUCGGCAUUGUCCCAACAGACCGAUCCGUUUACGUCCCAGCACAGCGGGCUUGGCAUGGGACCUCCCGCAAGCGCGGGCUCCAGCAGUGGAGCAAGCUUGUUUGGUGCGGGCGACUUGGAGAUGGACAUGGACAUUCCUGGGCUGAGCAUGAGCAUGGGUGGAACUGUGGACAUGGAUCUCGGCAUGGAUCUUUCGGCCCCACCUGAUCCCAUGCAGCAGCCGCAUAUUCCAGACCCGUGCCCUCCCCCGAUGAUCGUGUUGUCCUCUCCGAGGCCCGUGCCUAGGAACGGGCUGGUUGAAAUCAGGGUUACGUCGAGCGCAGGACAUGGGAGUGUAGUUGGGGGAAAUGGCAUUCUUGUUGAAGCCUCUCCAGGUGUUGAGACAGGAUAUAUGCCAGAUGUCGUGAGGCGGGGUGGGGUGUGGAGUCUUCCUGGACGAGUGUGGAACAAAUGGUCAUGA